AUGGCGGGUGUUGUUCCAACCGAAAUAUCCGCCAAUAGUCCAAGACGCACCGCCCAAUUUGCACGUAAUGCUCAAGGUGGAGAAAAUUUGGAGAUGAAAUCCGGAAUCCUUCAACUUGUCUAUGCAAAUCCUUUCACCGGAAUGGAUCAUGAGUAUCCUUUUGCACAUCUCACCAAAUUUUAUGAGAUUGCGGGUUCAACGGGAGUUGAUGCGGCGAAUGAAGAAUCAUUGUUCAAGAGGCUAUUUCCAUAUUCAUUAAUUGGGAAAGCCAAAGAAUGGUAUCUUGAUCAAUUACCAAAUGUGGUGACGGAUUGGAAUCUAUUGGAAGAAAAUUUUUUAGAAAGAUAUUUUCCUCAAUCCCGAUUCAUGGAAGCCAAAAUGGCAAUUGCGGUAUUCACUCAAGGAAGCAACAAAUCUCUUAAUGAAGCGUGGGAAAGAUUCAAGUCCAUGUUUAGAAAAUGCAAAGGCCACGAUUUUGAUGAGCUCACACAAAUUCAUCUAUUCCGAAAUGGUCUUCAACCGGUGCAUAAAACACUUUUGGAUGCUACCGCGGGUGGUUCUCUUAAGUCUAAAAGUGCAGAAGAAGCAACAACUAUAAUUGACCGGAUGACACUCAAAGACCGUCAAAGUCAACAUGAUAGAAGUCCUUCACAAAGGAAAGUGGGAGUCCUCGAAUUGAACACCAAUGAUGCUAUCCUUGCUCAAAACAAGCUUCUUUCACAGCAAGUGGAGUUACUCACGCAACAAAUGACCAAACUCCCACAGCAAAUGAAAGAGAUUCAAGGAUCUCAAACUAGGCACCAUGUGGCAGCUUGUGAACUUUGUAAUGAAGAUCAUCCAACUGGUUUUUGUCCACCUCCCAAUGGUGAAGAAGUGAAUUACGUCAACAAUCAGAACCAAGGCUACCAAAGGCAACCUCCACCUCACAAUAAUCCUUACCAACGAAACAAUCAAGGAUAUCAACAAUCAAGAUUCAACAAUCACAACUAUCAUCAACAAAGCCCUUAUCAAAAUCCACACCAACAACCUCAACAAUCUCAAGGUGGAAGCUCAAAGUUGGAAGAUACUCUCACACAAUUCAUGCAAGCAUUCAUGGCGAACCAAAAGAGCAAUGAAGCAGCCAUCAAGAAUUUAGAAAAUCAAGUGGGUCAACUUGCAAAGCAAUUGUCCGAGCAACAACCGAGAGCAUCUUUUUCCUCCAACACUCGAACCAACCCAAAGGAGCAUUGCAAAGCCAUUGUGACAAGAAGUGGUAAGGAGGUAAGUAGUGGAACAAAUGGAGGUGUUGUAUUGGAAUAUGAAGAGGAGAUAAUAGUUGAAAAUAAAGAGGAUGAGGUGAUAGUUGAAGAUGAGGAGGAAGAGAAUGCAUUGGAACAAAGGCCAAAGUAUGCCAAAUUCAUGAAGGAUAUUCUCACCAAGAAAAAGAGGUACACAGAGGAAGAAACCAUUUUACUUGAUGCUCGGUGUAGUGCAAUCAUUCAGAAGACUCUCCCUAAAAAAGAAGUCGAUCCGGGACGAGUCACUUUGCUGGUCAUUAUUGGGGGAAACUACACAGGUAACAGUUUAAUUGAUUUGGGCUCUAGCAUAAAUCUAAUUCUGUUGUCUAUCAUUAAAAGAUUGGGAAAUAUUGAGAUGAAGCACACCCGAAUGACGUUACAACUAGCCGAUAAAUCUCUUACUUCACCUUAUGGAGUUGCUCAAGAUAUGCUAGUUAAGGUGGACAAAUUUUUAUUCCCAGUUGAUUUUGUGGUAGUAGACAUGGAAGAGGAUCGUGAUGUACCAUUGAUACUUAGAAGACCUUUCAUGAAAACAUCCCGGAUGAUGAUUGAUAUAGAUGAUGGUCUUAUGAAGGUGAGAGUGCAAGAUGAAUAA